AUGUGCUACAUCUGUGUCAGAGAAUUUGGAUCACAGACUAUUUCUAUACAUGAACCCCAAUGCCUAGAGUAGUGGGAUACUGCAAAUAAUCAAGACGUCUCAGUACCAAGAUGUCUCAAAAGACCAGAGCCCAGGAGAUCUGAGGUCCUUCCCAUAACUGCCAAAGGUUUCUAUGAUCUUGAUUCUUUAAAAUAGGCUGGCUGGAUCAGCGCCCAGAACCAGCUAGUUCCAUGUGAUGUUUGUGGGCGUACUUUCCUUCCAGGCAGACUGAUCAUACACCCAAAGUCCUGUAAACUGAAACCUGCAGCAUGA